GAGAAACAGAUGCAUUGGUUGAGCUUCUUUGCCGCAGUUACACUGUCUGACCUAAAUGCAAAUAUCGACUUUAUUUGUUUCCCUUAGAUUGUCACCUAGAUAUAGGUUGUUUAUUUCUCGAGAUUAUUAUAGGCUAUAAGUCCUUAAUGCAGCAUCAUUCCAGUCAGGGUCAACUGGAUAAGCACUCGUGUUAAAAAUUUUACUCAGUGUUAUGACUGAGUUGAAUGUUUGGCGAGUUGCUGGAGGAUGAUGUGCACAUUGGCCGACCCCUCCCAGUUGGAGGGGGAAUGGGGUGGGAGGCUCUCUGCACCAUGAUCCACUGCCUGAAUUAGACUCAGAGAAAUACACAGUAAACAGUGAGGCUUCGGACAGAACCCAGCUUGUGAUUCAUGCGCAUGAUGGUCAGCACUCUUUCCGGGACAAGGUGUGAUGUAAACAAACCGGUGACGCGGCUGUAAACAAACAAACAAAAAACUUGUGUUAUUCGACCAUCGGCAUUUCGCAUAUGCUGGGCGAACUUGUGGUUGGUGCGAGACGCGAGUGAGUGCGUGUGAGUAUCCCUGAUCCCGGGCUCGGUCAUGGGAGCGAAGCAGGCGAAGAGCCCGGAUGAGGCGGGCGCCAGCCCUCAAAGCGCACGCUGUAGGAGGACGCCGACGCGCGAGCGCGGCAAUGACAUGCGCGCCUCGCUCGUGCUGCGCGCCGGGGAGAGACUCGCGCGCGCCGGCCCGCCGCCUCCCUACCAGCGGCGUGUGGGCAUGAUCCAGGACAUGAUGCUCAUGGCUAAGCAGGGCAAACAAGACGAGGCCACGGAGAUGCUCCGAACCCUGCGACAGGAUCUGGGAAUGGAGUCAACCUCUUUGGAUGAUGUCCUUUAUCGCUAUGCCAGUUUUCGGAACCUGGUGGAUCCCAUUACACACGACCUUAUUAUCAGUUUGGCAAGAUAUAUUCAUUGCCCGAAAACGGAGGGUGAUUCUCUGGGAGCAAUGGAGAAGGUGUGCCGGCAGCUGACGUACCAUCUAAGUCCACACUCGCAGUGGAGACGCCAGGGCCUGCUUAAGAGGAAACCUCAGGCCUGCCUGAAAGCCAUUCUUUCUAAUCCACCGGCCAAUGGAGCAUUAGACCUCUCCAGCAUUCCUCUGGGGGUGAAGGAUAUGGAGCGUCUGUGCUCGCACCUGCAGCGACAUGCCUCUCGUAUUUCCAGCCUAGAGCUGGGCUUCACAGAGCUCACAGACGAGGCCUUUCUUGUGCUCCUGCCUACUCUGGCCUCACUGCCUCGACUUGAAACACUGGCACUCAACGGCAACAGGCUGACACGAGCCGUGCUCAAGGAGCUGACAGACACACUGAAGGAGCCUGAUCGUUUCCCUAGCAUCACAUGGAUCGACCUUGGAAACAACGUGGACAUCUUCUCCCUUCCGCAGUCAUUCCUAGUCAGCUUGCGUAAACGUUGCCCAAAGAAGGGCAACCUGCCUACCAUUCUGGAGUUCGGAGAGAGCCAGGCAAGUGAACCAGAGGGCCGGCCAGAUGAGGAUGACACGGAUAACACUGACGAUACAAACAAGACCCUGAGCCUGGGUGAGCUCAGGUCUGAGGUGGACUGUGAGAUGGAUGGGGAGAUGGAGAUUGAAGAGAUGAUGGAAGAGCUGCUCGACUUUGAUAGGGAGGUCAGAGGACCAGAUGAUGAAGAAAGUGUAUGGACAAUGGAGGAGCUGAGAGCUGCAAGAGGGCCAAAUGAAACACAAAGCAGUGUAAAAAAAGCAACUAAGGCUGAAGGUGAGGAGGACACACACAGCCAGAGCUCUCAGCUGUCAUAUUCUAGUCAGUCAGAGGACUCUUCAGCAGCCUUCGGCAGGAGAAAGAACACUUGUAUGGCUAAGGGGUGUCAUUCUCCUGGAAACCUGACCUGAGCAGAUUUGCCCAAUUUAGAAAUUGUAGCCUUUAAGCCUGUCCUGUCCCAAGAGUCAGAACAGACCUUGGUUUAGAGUGUUUACAGGCUAGAGUGAUAAAUAUCAAGGUAGAAAAAGACAAGGGGGGUGACUCACUUAAAAGUAAGGCACCAUGUGGUAAAAAAAAUAUAUUUUGUGUAUAUCAUUGAUAAAAUUCAAACCUAUACCAUUUAUGAGGUAUAACAAUCAUAUUAUUUAGAGUAAGGUAAGAUACCCUUUGCAGUUUAUCUGCUUCUCUUUCAGGUAAUACCCCUUGGUUAUAUUGUAUGGUCCUAACAACAGACUGUUACCUAUGUGCCUGUCUGACCCUGUUAAGAAGGAUGUUUGUGCAGAUGUGCGACAGUAGUCUGAGGGUUGGUGCGCAUGCGGCGAAUUAGAUAUGGGGACAAACUCACCAGCUUGACAUUAUUAGGUCUAGGUUGGACAUAUCCUUCUCUGCCUAUGCAUUCAGCAGACUUUGAAAUGCAUGUCCCCAGUGUCAGAACAGCCUGUACUCCCGAAGAAAGGAAAGAGGAAACCAAAAAUACUUUGAUGAUUCCCUCAGUUCAACUUUUGAAAAUUGUUGUGCUUUAUGGUGGACUGGCACCAAAGACUGAAGGACAGAAUAACAUAAAAUAUAAAACAUAAAUGUCCUGAUUAUUACUAUAUAUUGAAAGGUAUCAAAGCUUUGCUCUUCCUUUUAUAUAGUCAUUCUAAUCUGCUAUAUAUUUGCAAUUAUUUUGGUAUAUUUUUAAUAUAAUCACCCAGCCAUUGUGUUAUAGAGUAUUUGUUUGAAAUAUUAAUUUACGAGUUAUGACACAUGUAUAACUUCCAUUUAUUCAUUGAGUAUCACCUCACCAGCACAUACUCAUACAUCAGUAGGUCCCAUCUACAGUAUAUUCGAUCUCUUGAAUAUGGUUUAUGACAUGGCUAAUAUUAUCCCCCACUAUAAUACUUAUAAAAUCUGUGAAUCAGGUCUUGCUCUGCUAUUUUGCUCUUGUACAGAGUUUCUGUAAUAAAUAUAUUAUUUUGUAAGGACCAUA